AAUGCACGGUCAACGAAUCCUCAGAGUGGCGACGUUGGGAAUUUCAUCGUCCUUAUUUGAGGGUACUUCGGGCUGGGAUCCCCGACAAAGCCUCAGACGACUUUGAGUACUCUGCUGCAGGCCUGGAUUUAUUCCAGAAAGUAAAUAUGUUGUCGAGUGCCGAAGGAGGUUUGGAGCUUUGUCGAACGAUUCGGACGUUUGCUGAGAAUAGAGUUUUACAUCCUGAAGAUGAGACUGUCAGUGCUUUGACGUAUCCAAUAUGGUGA